UAGAUAAGCUUUCAUGAAUGCCAGUCGCUGCUACACAGAAAAUUAAAUAGUAGGGGAGGAAAUUAAGAAGAGUAAAAUGGCAUUCUCCCCUGUUGCUUUACAAGUAAAUGGUUCAGCCUUCAAGCCUUUCUCCUCCCCCAGCUUUCAUCAACUCAAAACCUCAUUAUCCUCAACAUUUAAGCCUUUCUACAAGGAGUUGCAGAAGUUGCCAAUGAAGAUGAAUCUUCCUAAGACCAUGAUAAAAAACAUCAGUGUGAGAAUGUUAGAAACAUUUGUAGAUUCCAUGUUUGAAUUUGUUGAUCAACCAUGGCUCCCAUCUCAGAGCAACUUUGCACCAGUUGAAGAGAUUGGAGAAGCCGUUGAGGUUACAUGGAUUGAAGGAAAAAUCCCGACAGAUUUCCCAGAGGGUGUGUAUGUAAGAAAUGGUUCAAAUAAUUUAUUUGGAGGCCUGCAAUCAGCAGUUUCAGUUUUUGGAAGAUCAAACCAAGUUUGGGUAGAGGGUGAAGGAAUGCUUCACGCUCUAUACUUCGAAAAGGACUCUGAUGGGAAAUGGAGCAUCUUCUACAAGAACAAAUUUGUCGAGACUGAAAGCUACAAGAAAGAAAGACAAAGAGACAAGCCAACUUUUCUUCCAACAGUGGAAGGAGAUUCUUUAGCUGUAUCGGCAGCGAUUCUCCUCAAUAUGAUGAGAUAUGGCCUUCCUACUAAAAAUUAUCAAAAUAUCAAUGCAUUCGUACACUCGGGAAAGCUGUAUACAACUACUGACAAUUAUCCAGCUCUAGAGAUUGAUAUGCAUACCUUGGAAAGCUUGGACAAUUGGGAUUUCAAUGGAGCUUGGAAGGGACCCUUCACUAGCCAUCCAAAAGUAGCUCCUGGUUCGGGAGAGCUAGUUACAAUGGGCGUCGACGGACAGAAACCUUACUGUGUCAUUGGAGUUGUGUCUGUUGAUGGAAGGAAACUAUUACACAAGGUUGAUAUUGGGUUCAAUAGAGGUGUCCUUAGCCAUGAAAUAGGGGUUACCCAGAACUACAAUGUGAUCAUUGAUCAUCCUCUCGUACUUGACCUGACAAGAAUCAUCAAGGGAGACCAAUUAUUAAAAUAUGACAGCAAAGGGAAAUCCAGGAUAGGAGUGAUGCCUCGUUAUGGAGAUAAAAAUUCAAUCAAGUGGUUUGAGGUUGAACCAAAUUGCACCUUCCACCUAGUGAAUUGCUUCGAGGAUGGUGAUGAGGUUGUAGUAGUGAGGGGAUGUAGGGCUUCCACAUCCAUCAUACCUGGUCCGGACUGGGGUGAAGACAAAUUUGAAUGGUUUUCAAGAGGUUUUAACUUUUCGAAAUUCACCGAGUAUGAUGCUGAUGAUUCAGAAGAAAAUGGGUAUCUCUUUCAUCAAGUACAUGAAUGGAGAUUAAACAUGGCGACUGGCACAGUCGACGAGAAAUCUCUAACUGGAACUGAGUUCUCCAUGGAUUUCCCCUUCAUUAAUGGAGCAUUCACUGGUCUAAAACACAAGUAUGGCUACACCCAAGUCAUUGAUUCACUAGCAAGCUCUACCUCUGGAGUGACUAAAUUUGGACGUUUAGCCAAAUUAUGCUUUGAAGAAGGGCAAAGAUCCACAGUACCUGAGGGAGAGAAAACUUGUGGGGGACAAAUAAAAGUAGAAUAUCAUAAACUGGAAGAGAAUGUAUUUUGCACAGGAGCUGCGUUUGUCCCUAAAAGUGGGGGUGAUGAAGAAGAUGAUGGUUUUAUUGUGACUCAUGUGCACAAUGAAAUGAGUAAUGUUUCACAGGUUUUAAUAAUUGAUGCUAAGAAGUUUGAAAGUCAGCCAAUUGCCACUAUAAAUCUCCCCAAUAGGGUACCCUAUGGUUUUCAUGGAAUCUUUAUUUCCAUGCCGCCUGAGCAAGCCUAGCGAAUUUGA